UAAUACAUUCCCAGACAUUCCGCUGAGUACGUUACGUUUACUCGAUAAAUCAUCGUUGACUGGAGUUAGCUAUAAAGUUAACGAGACAUUUAUGAAAUCAGACUUCCGUGCUGGUCCUGCAUAUGCCAUUGUUGGUUUUCAAAAAUUUGGUGGGGAAAAUCCAGUUACGGAAGAUCUCUCCGAGAAAUAUGAUUAA